CAUCAAUCGAUCUGACGGCCCAGAUUUCUCCUGCUUCCUUCUAUAUAUUCUCUUCAUUUCUCUCUUUCGGCAUAAACCACCCGACUGAUCAGUGAAGCUUCUAGGGUUUUUGCAUCGCGAGCAAGUUGACGAAGAACAAGAGCAAGAACAAGGUUGCUUCAAAAUGGCUUUUUUAAGUAAGUUUGGAAAUAUACUGAGGCAGGGUGCAAAUAAGAGGAUUGGAUUAGAUUUGCACCGUUCCAGUUUGUCUCUCUCUCAAGCUGUACGAUGGAUGUCUUCCAUGGAAAGUUCAAAAGUUUUUGUCGGAGGUAUUUCGUUCAGCACUGAUGAUCAAAGUCUCAGGGAAGCCUUUACCAAAUAUGGGGAAGUAAUCGAAGCUAGGGUCAUUGUAGACCGUGAAACUGGAAGAUCCAGAGGAUUUGGAUUUGUGACUUACACCUCUAGUGAGGAGGCCUCUAGUGCCAUCCAGGCAUUGGAUGGACAGGACCUUCAUGGUCGCCGAGUGAGAGUGAAUUAUGCUAAUGAUAGAGCUCGUGGUGGUGGCGGUGGUUAUGGCGGUGGCGGCUAUGGUGGCGGCGGUUAUGGUGGUGGUGGAGGUUAUGGUGGUGGUGGAGGUUAUGGUGGUGGUGGGGGUUAUGGAGCUGGUGGCGGGGGGGCUUAUGGAGGUGGUGGCUAUAGUGGUGGUGGUGCUGGAGGUUAUGGUGGAUAUUCUGGAAUGGGUGGGGGCAAUUAUGGCGGAGGAAGUGGAGGAAAUUUUAGUAAUGAUUAUGCCAGUGACAACCGUGGAAGUGUUGGUGGCUUUGGUGGUAAUGAUGCUGGCUACAACGCUGCUAGCAAUUUUGCUACUGGAAACACAUUCGGUAGUGAAAGUAAUGCAGGUUUUGGUAGCAGUGACUAUUUUGCCAAGAGCGAGGGGGAACAAUUUGGCAGCAAUGAAACAAACACCAUGAAGGCAUCUGGAGAGGAUCAUUUUGAAGAAAAUGCUAGGGAUGAAGACGAUUCAAACGACUUUGCUAAAAGAGCCUGAUAGAUUUUUCCAUAUGUGCUAUCCUCCAUAGUUAUAACUUCAACUUCAUCCAGCAUUUUUGGUUAUGGCCAUGUCCAUGUAGAUUUUCCCUACAUUCUCUACCGUACUGGAACCCUCUGACUUUGUUUCAUAUGUUCGAGACUUGCUUCGAUGAUUGUGAAUUUUCAAUUGAACUUCCAAUCUAGUUUCUUCUCAAUGAUAAAUAAGUAGUGUUUUUUUUUU